AUUUAGGAAAGUCAUGCAAAAAGGAAAAGGAAGUGGUGUUGCUCUGAUAGUAAGGAUGGGAUUGGUGCAUUAGGAUGGGAGGAUCUCAGAUUGGAAGAAACAAAUGUAGAAUUUGAUGGGGUAGAACAAAGUAAGGGGGCAAACAUUGAUAAGUGUUAUUUAUAUUCACUAACUGUAAUAGUAGUGUUUGGCAUGGUAUUAAUCAGGAGAUUAGAGAAGUAUGUAAUACAGUAAUCAUGGAUGAUUUCAAUCUGCAUAUCGACUGGGUAAACCUAAAAAACAGUAAUGGUAUGGAGGGGGAGACCACGGGCCAUGUAAGGGAUAGCUUUAUACAGCAGUAUUUCAGGAAAGUGGAGAUGUACAAAACAGACUUGUAUAUGCUGUGAAUAAGUUAGAAGGCUAAGGUGCAGGUGAAGUAAGCUAUUAGGAAGGCUAAAGGAAUGUUAGGCUUUAUUGAAAGAGGAUUUGAGUACAAAAAUAGUGAACAUCUUCUUUCCAUUGUAUCAGAGCUUAGUAAGAACACACCCAGAGCACUGUGUGCAAUUCUGGUCUCCCUUUCUCAAGAAAUAUUAUUACUGUAGAGGGAGUAUAACAAAGGUUCACCAGACUUGUUCCCAGGAUGACUGGACUGUCCUAUACUGAGAGAUUGGGAAAACUGACCACGUCUUCCCUACGUUUUCUAAGAAUCAGAAGUGAUCUUUAUUGAAUCUACAAAAUACUCAAACGAAUAAAGAAGGGGCUGUGAUUGGCUUGUGGACAGAUAUCGAUUGGCCUUUGUUGAAGAUGAACCAGCUGCUGAUAGUGUUGGUCCUGGCAGUGUUGUCCAUGACAGAGGGCCUGGAAAUCACAGACUUGUACGCAUGUACCAAUAAAACCAAUGAUUUGCGUAUUGAUUGCGCCUACAAGAAGACUGGCAGUAACGCCAUCCAGUAUGAGUGGAGUCUCUCUAAGGAGAAAAGCACAUUUGUGCUCGCAAGCACAAUCCACACCAAUGCGAUAACUACCAUUUACAAGGAUCGUGCAAAAGCAAUCUUGAAGGACACUUGCUUGACGCUAAUGUUGACUGGAUUCAGUGAUUCUGAUGAUGGUACAUACACAUGCCAUCUUCACUCUGAUAGCGAAACAAAGAAGAAUGCCAAUAAAACAAUUUCAGUGAAGCAUGGUAAUGUGACCACCUGUGGUGCCCCUGGACUUGUGCUGGACAGUCCCCGAAUGCUGAUCCUUCUUCUCUCUCUGGCUAUCCUUCAUGCUCUGGAUGCUCUGCCUUGUGGAAGUCAAAAUUAAUAUUUCAACUGGAACAGAACGGGCAUGAUGGCAACUUCCCCAUGGAAUGAGCGAUUGUUCUGUGUCGUUAUCUUCCCUGCCAUCCCUUUCCGCACACUGUCUCUCCUUUGUUUGUAUUUCUUGUGGGUUAUUUUCCUGAUUAUCUGUCAGCGACUUCACUGAGCAAAGGUAUAGUUUCAAUGAGUUACAAGUCACAUGAAGGAGCCUCUCCCAGUCUCCUCUCUCUAGCUCUGAUGCCAGCUGCCCUAAGUACAGUAGGUAGAUGUAGCUGGCAGAGAUGCUCUUUAGAAAGGAGAUCAGAGCCACCAAAAGCUGCAGUUUGCAGAAACAGUCAGUCUCUCCAUAAUUUCCUUGAUGAUGCAGAAUGAUAAGUGAGAGAGAGAGGGGUCAUCUAAGAUGCAUCUCUGGGAACCCUUUUGAUCAAAGCUGUACUUCCAGUAUUUGUGCUGGGGUUUGCUGCCAAACUAUGACUCAAACUCUUGAAUAAAUCAAAGUAACAAAUUAAUCCAAGUGCUUUAGCGUUGAAUGACUAGAAUGCUAAGCUGCUGAGAUAUAUAGCUGUAUGUACUGGGAUCAUCAGCUCUGUAUUUCCUAUAAAGGCUGAGUUCUGUGCAGUGGAAUUUUUAAUUACCAAGUAUCCAAUAAAUAUUUCUCAUUUCCUUUACUCAAAUUAAAAA